GGGACUUUCUAUCAGGCGCGCGGCUGCGGAGCUCUUAGAGGGGAAAGACAGGAGGGCCCCGCCCUCGGCGUCCCGUGGCCAUGGCGACCACUCCCCGGGACUCCCUCGUGUGGAAGCUCGCGGGGCUGCUGCGGGAGUCCGGGGACGUGGUCCUAUCUGGCUGUAGCACACUGAGUCUGCUGACUACCACACUGCAGCAGCUGAACCAUGUAUUUGAGCUGCACCUGGGGCCAUGGGGCCCUGGCCAGACAGGCUUUGUGGCUCUGCCUUCCCACCCUGCUGACUCCCCCAUCAUCCUCCAGCUUCAGUUCCUCUUUGAUGUGCUGCAGAAAACACUUUCGCUGAAGCUGGUCCAUGUCCCUGGUCAUGGUCUAUCAGGGCCCAUCAAGAUUUUUCCCUUCAAGUCUCUUCGGCAGCUGGAGCUCCGAGGUGUCCCUCUCCACUGCCUGCAUGGCCUCCGAAGCAUCUAUUCCCAGCUGGAGACCCUGAUUUGUAGCAGGAGCAUCCAGGCAUUAGAGGAGCUCCUCUCAGCCUGCGGUGGUGACCUCUGCUCUGCCCUCCCCUGGUUGGCUCUGCUUUCUGCUGACUUCAGCUACAACACACUAACCACCUUAGAUAGCUCUCUGCGCCUCUUGUCAUCUUUGCGCUUCCUGAACCUGAGCCACAAUCAAGUGCACAACUGCGAGGGCUUCCUGAUGGAUUUGUGUGAGCUCUGCCAUCUGGACAUCUCCUAUAACCGCCUACAUUUGGUGCCGAGAAUGGGACCUGCAGGGGCUGCUCUGGGGGUCCUGAUACUGCGAGGCAAUGAGCUUCAGAGCUUACAUGGCCUGGAGCAGCUGAGGAGCCUUCGGCACCUGGAUGUGGCAUACAACCUGCUGGAAGGACACAGGGAGCUGUCACCAUUGUGGCUGUUGGCAGAGCUCCGCAAGCUCUACCUGGAGGGUAACCCUUUGUGGUUCCACCCUGCACACCGAGCUACCACUGCCCAGUACUUGUCACCCCUUGCCAGGGAUGCUGCUUCUGGCUUCCUUCUUGAUGGUGAAAUCUUGUCGCUGACAGAUUCUCAGACCCCCUCAUCCUUGGCUUUUGGCCAUAUGGCCCCACCUGUGUCUUGGCCAGUGGGGAGUACCACUGAAACUUCUGGUGGCCCUGACCUAAGUGAUAGCCCUUCCUCAGGGGGUGCUGUGGUCCAGCCCCUGCUUCCUAAGGUUAAGAGCCGAGUCCGUGUGAGGCGGGCAAGCAUCUCUGAACCCAGUGAUACAGACCCAGAGCCCCGAACUCUGAACCCCUCCCCAGCUGGACGGUUUGUGCAGCAACAUCGGGAACUUGAGCUCAUGAACAGCUUUCGGGAGCGAUUUGGCUGUGAUUGGCUGCAGUAUAGGAGCCAAUUGGAGACCUCUGGGAGCCCCCCUCCAGCUACCUCCAAGCUGCCUCCAGACUCCCUGGGCCCAAGCACUCCACUCAGCCUUUCAUCCCCAGAAGAAGAAGCCAGAGGCCCUGAGGAGUUACCACAGAAAAUGUCAGGAGAGGUCAAGGUAGAGCUGGAGCCACAGGAGGAAGAAGAGCUAGAGGUACCAGAGAGAGAAGAAGGAAGAAAGGAGCAACAGGAGGUGGACGAGGAGCAGGAACAGAAGGAAGUGGAAGCAGAGCUCUGUCGCCCCAUGUUGGUGUGUCCCUUAGAGGGGCCUGGGAAUGUUCGGGGCAUGGAAUGCUUUCUCCGGGUCACUUCUGCCCACUUGUUUGAGGUGGAACUCCAAGCAGCUCGGACCCUGGAACGGCUCGAGCUCCAGAGUCUGGUGGCAGCUGAGAUAGAGCCUGAGACCCAAACCCAGAGAGGACCAGUGCCCGAGGGCUCAGAUCUGCUUCCUGGGGCCCCUGUCCUCGUUCUGCGCUUCUCCUACAUUUGCCCUGACCGGCAGUUGCGUCGCUAUGUGGUGUUGGAGCCUGAUGCCCAUGCAGCUGUCCAGGAGCUGCUUGCUGUAUUGGUCCCAGUCACUGCCAUGGCUCCACAUCAGCUUGGGGAAGCCAGAGACCUACAGGAGGGCAGAUUCCAGUGUCUACGCUGUGGCCACACGUUCAAGCCAGAGGAGCCCAGCCUGGGGUUGGACAGUGAGGAUGGCUGGAGGCCUCUGUUCCAAAAGACAGACUCUCCUACUGUGUGUCCAAACUGUGGUAGUGACCAUGUAGUUCUUCUGGCUCAGUCUGAGGGAACCCCCAAUAGGGAGCAGAAACAGGAAGAGCAAGCACCAGUUCCCUCUCAGUCUGCUAGCCCUGGCUGUGACCCUUCUGGCUUCAGUGACCACAACAGAGCUGAGAACAUUCUACCUCAGGCAUCCAUCUCCUGUGACCACAAUAGUUGGAGCCUCAGUCCCUCCACUGAGCGCCAUGGCCUCCGCUCCGUGGACCACCGACUCCGGCUCUUCCUGGAUGUUGAGGUAUUCAGCGAUGCCCAGGAGGAGUUCCAGUGCUGUUUCAAGGUGCCAGUGGUAUUGGCAGGCCACCCUGAGGAAUUUAUGUGCCUUGUGGUCGUGUCUGACCACAGGCUUUAUCUGUUGAAAGUGACAGGCGAGAUCCAUGAGCCUCUGGCUAGCUGGCUCCAGCUGACCCUGGCCAUUCCCCUGCAGGAUCUGAGUAGCAUAGAGCUGGGCCUGGCAGGACAGAGCUUGCGGCUGGAGUGGGCAGCUGGGGCAGGCAGCUUUGUGCUGCUGCCCCGAGAUGCCAGGCGUUGCCGGGCCUUCCUAGAGGAGCUCAUUGAUGUCUUACAGUCUCUGCCUCCCACUUGGAAGAACUGUGUCAGUGCCACAGAGGAGGCAGUGACCCCGCAGCACCGGCUCUGGCCAUUGCUGGAAAAAGACUCAUCUUUGGAGGUUCCUCAGUUCUUUUACCUUCGGGUGUUCCUGGUUGAAGGCCCUUCUACCUGUCCUGUGUCCCUGUUGCUGACUCUGUCUACCCUCUACCUGUUAGAGGAGGACCCUCCUGGGUCCCAGGCAGAGCCCCCUCUUCCAGCAGCUUCUGAUGAAGCAUUGGAGAAGGUUCUUCCUUUGAGGUCUGACCCUUCUGUAUGUGUCCGGGAGCAGCAGCUACUCAGCAGCCUGAGCUCAGUGCAGCUCUAUCGCAUGGCCCCGGAGGACUUGCGGCUAGUCUUCUACGACGAGGUGUCUCGGCUAGAGAGCUUCUGGUCACUCCGAGUUGUGUGUCAGGAGCAGCUGACAGCACUGCUGGCUUGGAUCCGGGAGCCCUGGGAGGAGUUGUUUUCCAUUGGACUCCGGACUGUGACUCAAGAGGCUCUGGACCUUGACCGUUGAGGCUUCCAUGUCGACCUUGACUCUGACCUUGGGAGCCAUGCUGCAAGUGUUCCCUCUCUUGGUCUCUGGGUCUAGCUUUCAGCAGACUCUGGCUUUAGACUCCUUCAGCCUUUGGACACUGGCCAGGGAAGCCCCAGAUGACCCAUGGCUUAAGGGACAGGCGAGAGCAAUGGUGUGGCCGCUUAGUGAUCUGGCCUAUGAGGACAAGCUAAGUGGUCAGGAGGAAAUGUUUCUGUUGCACUUUUUCUCAGGUAUUAAUAAAGCUGUUUCUAUUCCGGUU